CAGACCCCGUCAGCACUGAACAACGGUAUGGCAACUGCCGACGAAGGCAGCGGCCGUGCAGGCGUCAAGCGACCGGAGCUGCAGGCGCUUAGUUUGGAAGAACGCGUGAGCUUCUUCUACUGCUCGUCCGUACAAGAUUUCAUGGGAGUCACAAUCAAUCCGUCGGAGUUCCUGAUAGCCCCAGACGAUGUGGCGUACUACCUCCAGCUCCUCGAGAGUCCCGACCGCGAACAGUGGCUUGCCGCCGAAGCUGUGCUCAUUCCGUUCUCGCAAGGCCGGGCUGUUCCUGACGCAAAUCAACACCGUCUCAUCGUUGACUUCGACACAGCGUGCAUCCACAACAAGCAUCUCAUGGAUGCCGGUGCGUUACCCAUAUACACGCAGCACCUCGUCCGCGCCAUGGCGUCGCUCAAAGGACUCAACUUUCAGAACAUGGAGCUCGAGCUGGGCAAGCUCAAUCGCGCCAUCACGAUGCUGUACUUGGUAGUGACUCUCAGUCCGGCAUCGUCUCGGUCGUCGGUGCAACGAGCCUUGGUCGACGUUGGGUUCUUCGCCCCUCAGCAGCUUCUUGUGGACGUCUUGGACUGCUUGCAAACCCAUCACACGGUCCCUGGAUUUCCAAUCAAACGCAUGAUGUUGCUCGUGUACGUGUGGACCACGACGAUUCUCGGCGACUUGAACGAACUCGAUCGUCUCAAAGCCGCCAGGCGCCUCCACCACAACCUUGCGUUGGACGACAGUUCCAGGUGGCAAUGCAAAAGCAUUAAGAAGCCAUCGGUGGUCCAGCUCGGUGACCCAGCCACAGAUCCAAUGUACCCCGUCCGGGCAAAGGCGCAGGCAACCAGGGAAGCCAUCCAUGCCAAAUACAUGCACAAACCCCACCACGACCUCCCGCCAGUCCCGCCAACAUCCACCGACUCGUCUCUUGAAUACUCGAACGAAGCCGCCCCAUUGAGUGACGAUGAAGCGUGGAGCACACGCGUCGAGUCGCUGUACAAAUUGGUGUUGGUGCCAAAAUGGAGAGAGUACAUGGGUCUCUUUUCUGCCCUGAUCACGAUGAUGGCGGCUGGGAACGUCAUGGACAAGCGAGGGUUCUUCUGCAAGCGCAGCUUCACCGAGGAUGCAGGCGGCAGCUGCGCCAACUUGAAUACUGCCUCGAACAACAACUUGAACCCCGACGAGCAAUUGUAUUGGAACUGGAUGAAUCGGGAAAAAGCGAUUGUGCUCGACGUGACGGCGCUCGUAAUCUUGAAUCUCCUCAAACACGUACGAUCGUCGCACGUGCUCAAGGGGGAACUCCUCGCCCAGGGACUCGUCGAAGGCGCAUUGCUUCCAUCAGCCACGAAAUUUCUCAAUCGAGACACUGCCACGUACGUGCAAGUGCGUCCCGAAGAUCUAUCGCACCAACGCGUCGAGUUCCGCCCUCCGAUGGGCCUCCAAAAAGCCGUUGCACUGCUCGAAGACCCUAGCGUCGAGUACGCUCUUCCACCGUUGCGCACGGUCACGUCCCUUUUGCGGAUUGUCCAGCGGCUGACCAAGCGAAAGCCAUCGCUCAUUCGCGCUACACUCUGCCGCACUCAAUCCCUGGUGUGGCUCAAACGCGUCCUGAGUCUGCGCGACCCCACCAGUCGGUUGUACGCCCUCAAGCUCGUCAAGUCCCAAGGGCGGUACUUAGGCCAUCAGGUACGCGCGCUCCCAUGCUGCGUUUGCGAUUGACAAGUUUUGUGCAGUGGAUGCGCAAGUUUACUUGCGUCCAUCUGCUCACUGAAGUUUAUCUACACGUGCGCCCGGAACUCGAGGACGACUGGCUCAAGUCCGACGACGACGAGACGAGUCCUCUGGCCAAGGCGUCGGAAGCGCUGCUCCAAGGGGAAGUCCAGGCCUUCCACCACAAAUGGUAUUGGUCGACUCUGCCAACCAAGCCCAAUGCAGCGACAACCGCGUCCACCGUGAGCCUCGCCGUGCAAGGAUUGAUGGAUCUCGACCAAGACGCGCUCGACGUGGACGGCGGAAGCCUGCGCAAGCUUGUGGCCGAACUCAAGUUGGACCCGUCCAUGUGUGCGCAGUACGAACAGUGGCUUGAUGCGAAAAACUUGAAAGGGGUCGCCAGUACUGGCGCGAAACCGUGUAUGGAUUGGCCGAUUGAGUUUCAUUAACACGAUUCGCGCGAUUCGCUCGGCCGCCUCUAACUACUAACGCCUAACUACUGGGUUCUAACCUACUUUUUUGUCUC